GCGAAAUGUCAUUUUCUUGAAUACACAGUAGUUGGAAUAUAUCGACUACCUAUAUGGAAUGGAAAUUAAUAUCUCUAUUGAACAAAAUAUAGAUGAUCCCGUUAGAUUUGGUGAUUAAUGAUUGCUAUAACAACAAAUCAUGAACUCUAUCAGAAAAUGUGGGGUGUGAAACAAAAAUCAGCUUUCCAGAAAAUGCCUGAAAACGCUAGUCCGGUGUCAGAAUGGUACAAAGGACGAUCGGUUUUCAUCACCGGUGGUAGUGGGUUUAUGGGAAAAGUGAUGGUGGAAAAAUUGCUGUACUCAUGUCCAGACCUCAAGAAUAUUUAUCUUCUACUGAGGACCAAGCGGGGAAAAACGCCGCAGCAAAGAAUAGAAGACAUGUUCAAGUUGCCAAUGUUCGAACGCCUGAGGCAGUCCCAACCGGACGCCAUGAAGAAGAUCGUCCCGGUUUCCGGUGACGUCAACACCGACUGCCUGGGCCUGAAGUCCUCCGACUUGGAGCUGCUCGUCGAAGAAGUGUCGGUGGUGUUCCACAUGGCGGCCACUUUGAAGCUUGAUGCCAAACUGAGAGACGCCGUUGAUCAGAACACGGCUGGCACUGCCCGAGUGAUAGACGUCAGCAAGAAGAUGAAGCACCUGGCAGCCUUCGCGCAUUACAGCACGGCUUUUUGUUCUGCCGAUGUGGCUGAAUUCGAAGAAAGGGUGUACGAGGCCAAAGACGACCCCCGUGACGUCAUCGACAUUUGCAGCUGGCUGAAUCCGGAAGCUCUAGACUUGGCCACCCCCGCAAUCAUAGCCCCCCACCCCAACACGUACACUUAUACCAAGAGGCUUGCGGAAAAUCUGGUAGCCGAUGAAAAGGACAAUAUACCAGUUUGCAUAAUAAGGCCAUCAAUAGUUAUUCCUUCCGUGAAAGAACCUGUUCCAGGAUGGGUCGACAGUUUGAAUGGCCCUAUAGGGCUCAUAGCAGGUGCAGGAAAAGGAGUAAUACGUUCUAUGCAUUGCAGAGGUGAAAAUAAAGGACAAUUCAUACCUGUGGAUUAUGCCAUCAAUGCUGGCAUCUGCAUAGCAUACUUAGUAGGAACCAAACAAACCAAGCAAGAUGAGGUCCCAGUGUACAACCUGACAACAGACGCCAAAAUAUCUAUAACCUAUCGAGAGAUCCUAGAUGAGGGAAGGAAAAUCAUCUACGACUACCCCUUCGAAAUGCAAGUCUGGUACCCAGAUGGGGACAUAAGAUCGUCCAAGUUCAUACACAAUUUGUUCAGUAUAUUUUUUCAUUGGAUACCAGCCAUAUUGAUAGAUAUGAUAAUGCUAAUUUGUGGACAAAAAACAUUUAUGCUGAGAAUACAGAAAAAAAUCUAUGACGGCCUAAAUCUCCUGCAAUUCUUCUCUGUUCGCGAUUGGGUAUUCAGAAGCGAAAAUUUCUUAGACUUACCCAACCACCUGACUGAAGCUGACAUAAAGAAAUUCCCCAUACUGGAGAUGGCAUCCGUACAAGAUUACAUGUUGGCGGCUCUGUUAGGAGCUAGGCAAUACACUCUCAAAGAAGAUUUAUCCUCGUUGCCUAGAUGCAGGAGGAAGCAGAAGGUGUUGUAUGUCAUCCACAAGCUUUGUGUGUACGGUUUCUAUUUCUACAUCUUCUAUCUAUUGAGUUGCUACUUUUCCUGGGUCAAGAUAAUAUAUGAUUUGAUGAAAACUUCCCUUGGCUACAUACCACUAGUAGGUAGUCUGAUAACGGUCUCGCAGGAAUGAAAAACAACGAUUACGAACAGUAUGAUCUAGCCCAGAAAAAAUGGUGCAUGGCCAAAUGGGAUCCACGUAAAUCACCCUGUAUAUAUUUAGUUAUUAAAAAUUUGUUUUUUUAUGUGUACCGGGGAAUUCACCAUGAAUGUCCACCCUUCUAGCUCAGAUGUUUUUGAACCGAUUUCAAUAUUACAAAAAUCAUCUGCAAUGAUUUUUCAUAAUUUUUUUCUCGCUAGGACCAGAAAAUACAGGGGACUCGAAACCAACGAUCUACAGGAAACUAGUUAAUUUUUUUAAAUAAUGGAAAUCCCUGUAUUUCAUUCCACAAUCAGUUCAAUAUUUCGAAAAUAAAUCCAACAAAAUCGGAUAUGAUUGGGAUAGGUCAAAUGACUACGACGAAGAUAUAGCCGGUUUUUAUGUUAUACAGGGUGGGGCAUUAGUGUGUCGAUUGCUCGAGUUCUAUGAUAGCUAGAAACUUGAUUCAAAAAAGAAUGUCAAUGACACAACAAGGUUUGUUACAAGAAAUUAUUGCCGCAUAUACAGGGAGCACCGGAAAUCUAGAGGAUCAGGAUCACUUUUUUUAAAUGGAAUGCCCUAUAUAUUAGCACAUUUUUUGAAGCAUCCCUGUGACCUCCAUCCACUCCUAUAAUAUUGUUGACUAUAUCUCAAUCAUUUCGAAGUUAUAAAUUUUUUUGUCGAAAUAAUGUCAUCUGCAGAUCCAUGCCGAAAAAUUUCCUGUAGUCACAAUUAUUAAACUUGAGAAAGAAUAAACAUAAUAUCAUAUGCUGGAAAGAUGCGUGAUAUUUCUAUAGAAUUUUCAUGCCCCAAAUUAUACAGGGUGGCUAAAAAUGAUUUUUCAAUUCGGAACUUCUGUAAGUUAUUUUUCUCGAAUUUUUCAAAUGGAACACCCCAUAUACUCUUAGGCCAUUUGGUGUAAAAUCGAAACACGAACAUAUUUUAUCUCAACAUCCAUAUUGAUUUUCAUAACCAUUGUUGAAUUACUGAACUUUUGAAAUUCCAGGUUGGCCAUUUUCAUCGAA